AUGGGCUUACCAGCUUUGAACAUGCUCAUCUGCAAUGGAAAGGUUUUUCUUUUGGCUCUUAUUCUGUGUUAUCUUCAGUUUGGUGUUUCAGAAGGGCAACUCAAAGUUGGCUUCUACUCCCAAACAUGUCCCAAUGUUGAGUCCAUUGUCAAGACAAUUGUCAGAGAUGCUACGCUUACCAACCCAAGAAUGGCCCCUAUGUUGCUCAGGCUCCAUUUCCACGACUGCUUUGUUGAGGGUUGUGAUGGGUCGAUUCUAAUUGACAACGUGGAAGACCCAGAGAAAAGAGCAUUCGGUCACCAAGGUCUUGGCGGAUUUGCGGAGAUAGAGAAUGCCAAGGCAAAGUUGGAGGCCGAAUGCCCCGGUGUGGUUUCCUGUGCAGACAUAGUUGCUUUGGCUGCUAGAGAUGCAAUAGUCUUGAGUGGUGGGCUAUCUUAUCAGGUUGAGACUGGCCGGAGAGAUGGCCGAGUUUCCAGCGAGUCACUUGCAGCUGAUAUGCCUGAUGUGAAUGAUCCCAUUCAGACUCUCAAAUCCAAGUUCAUGAACAAGGGACUUUCCGAGAAAGAACUUGUCCUUCUCACUGGUGCACAUACCAUAGGUACCACAGCAUGUUUCUUCAUGUCUAAGCGACUCUACAACUUCACCGGCAUCAACGACGCUGAUCCAGAGAUUAACCCUGACUUCCUACCAUCCCUCAGAACUCAGUGCCUGAUAAACGGAAACGUUAACAUCCGAAUACCUCUCGACGCACUGAGCAAUGAAAAAUUUGAUGAUCAGAGUUUGCGCAACAUAAAAAAUGGGACUGCUGUUUUAGCAUCGGACGCUAGGCUAUAUGAUGACAGCAUCACAAAGCAAGUGAUCGAUUCCUAUGUUGGCUUCUUGCGACCGGUAUCUGGACCGUUGUUUGUGCAAGAUUUUCCGAUGGCAAUGGUGAAGAUGGGUCGAAUUGGUGUCAAGACAGGUUUAGAGGGGGAGAUAAGGCGAAUUUGUAGCUCUUUUAAUUGA